UCUCCAUCGCUGAAGUAGAGCUCUGGAUAUAUAUAUAUAUAUGGCUCCCUUUUCAAUUCAAAAAUACCCUUACACCUCUUGACUGUUUGGCACCCUUCUAGAGGUUGAAGACUCCUCUUCCUCCAAGUCAUGUUCAUUGUUUUAUUUAAAGUUUUGGAGAGAGACCUUUUAAGGAUCGGCAUCAACAGUUUGCAAAAUGGCCACCACCAGUAAGAUCAUACCCUUUUACUCCACUCUCCUUGACACCUGCUCCUCCACCAAGAACCUCCAAAAACUCAAACAGGUUCACGCCCGAACCAUAAGACUCGGCAUUUCCCCUUAUGAUUUCAUCCGAACCAAGCUCAUCUCAGCCUACGCAUCCUGUGCCCAACUGUACCAAGCCAACGUGAUCUUCUCUUUCGCCACUCGCCGACCAACCUUCCUCUUCAAUGUCCUUAUCAGAGCCUAUGCUUCUCUCAAUUUGUUCUCUGACUCUCUUUCCAUGUUCCGCCAAAUGCUCGUUGCCGGCAAACCCAUUGACUCCCACACUUUGCCUGUUGUGCUUAAAUCUUGUGCCAGCUUAUCAGCCCUACAACUGGGCCGGCAAGUUCACGGAGCGGUUUUGAUAAAUGGGUUCUCCUUAGAUUUGGCGAAUUCAAAUGCUUUGGUGACUAUGUAUGCAGAAUGUGGUGAUUUGGUUAAUGCACGUAACGUGUUUGAUCGAAUGCUGGUUAGGAAUGUAAUUUCGUGGUCAGCAAUGAUGGCAGGGUAUGGAAUGCAUGGGGUGUUUACUGAGGUGUUUGAGUUGUUUGAUAGAAUGGUGGGGACGGGAGAGAUUCCAGAUGCUGCCACUUUUACUGUGGUUCUGACAGCGUGUAGUCAUGGGGGGUUGAUGGACAAGGGUAAGCAAUAUUUUGAGAUGAUGGAAGGGAGGUUUGGCGUGAGACCAAGGCUGCAGCAUUAUACUUGUAUGGUAGAUAUGUUCGGAAGGGUGGGGCAGGUGGAGGAAGCAGAGAAGUUGAUUUUGGGAAUGGAGGUGGAGCCUGAUGAUGCUUUGUUGCGGGCCUUGCUGGGGGCUUGUAAGAUUCAUGGGAAGGUAGAAGUAGCUGAGAGGGUGGCAGAGAAGUUUUUGGGGAAGAGACUUGGUGUAGCAUCUGUGUGAAUUAUUUUCAAGGGACCUUCCAUAAUAUGGACUUGAUGAGAUAGUUGCUUUUGACGAGUUGGUGGCAUGAUUGGUUGUUUGAAUAUGCCAUGGGAGAAACUCGAUAGAAAACUGUCUCCAAAGGAAAAAAGAGAACGCCAUAGUUUGAUAUGAGUUACAAUAACUAAAUUGGUUUUUUGUUCAUCUCGAAGUUCAGGCUUCAUUAGGAUUGAUUUCCUGUAUAUAAUCAUUCUUUCUCAUAUAACAAUAGUUAUUUAAUCGACAUUCUUUUUCAUAUAACAAUAGCUAUUUAAUCGACCGCUUUGACUGACUGAA